UCUGUACGUGGCUAUUUUGGCGGCCAACAUACGCCUGAAUAACGUGCCUUGCGACUUCUAGAUGAUUGAACCCGUUGCCAGCACCUCUUGGGCUGCUGGCCAGCAGCAGACCCUCAAGUGGAUCGAUGAUGGCACGUCCCCCAACCUCACGAGUUUCGGUAAUGCCAGCUUUGGCAUCUAUACUGGCAACGUCAACCAGCAGACCCUGCUCCAAAUGAUCGCGCCCAGCGUCAAUGUCUCGGCGACCGAUUCCAUUGUUUUCACCCCCGACCCGACCAUAGGCGAGGACGGUGCUUUUUACUUCAUCCGCGCCCAGUCUCUCACUCUCAUGGACCCGAAGAAUCCUACGUUCCCUGCUGAAGCGUUCUCUGCAUUGUUCACCCUGACGGGCACGUCUGGCCAGUUCAAUGCCACCGUCCAACAAGAGAUCGACGGCACUUCGACCGCCCCUAUCGGUGGCCCGACCCCGGCUGGCUCGGCCGUGGGUGCUACCCAGUCCAACACCGCUGCUUCGCCGACCACGGUGUCGGUGACGGCCGGCUCCCAGACUGCAUCUUCUGCGUCCAAGAGCGCUUCCCCAUCCACGACUGGUGCGGCGGCGAAGGGGAACGGUGCGCGCGGCGUCCUCGCCAGCGCGGGCCUCGUCGGCACCGUCGCGGCCUUCAUUGGCGCUAUGAUGCUCUAGAGAGUGAUCGUCUACCAGCAUACCACCUUUCGCUAUUUGUCCUUGUCUAGUCGUCUCGCUCUAGAAUUCGAUGUUUGAUUUUAUUCUUGAGUCCCCCCCCUCUCGCGGGUUCGUAGUAUCCAUCCGACCUAUGGUCCACGACACCGAACAUGCUGCCUUGUCGCGUAAUACCCCUGUACCUGCCUGCGUUCACGGCUCACGAUGCGACAUGUACAUACCCGACUGGCCUAGCCAACACUCUUUGAUACCCCGCGCUCGUGUUGUUGUGAUUUUCAUAUUGGCGUAUAAUCGAUGUAAUUUUGGUCAUGUGCAUU